AUGAUGCAGUUCUCACGGACGCACCGAUCUCCAAUCCGUCUGGUGGAGUGCCCGCGGGAUGCGAUGCAGGGACUGACGCGCUUCGUCCCAACAGCGCAGAAGAUUCGCUACCUCAAUGCGCUGCUCAAGUGCGGCUUCUACGCAAUUGACUGUGCAUCGUUCGUGUCGCCUCGCGCGGUGCCGCAGAUGCGUGACAGUGCGGAGGUGCUUGCCGGUUUCGAUCACACACUCAUUCAAGGCGAGCAGGCGCCGAAGAUCUCGGUGGUGAUCGCCUCGCUUGCUGGGUUCAAGCAAGCGCUCAGCACCCCUAUCGUAAGCACCAUUGGCUUCCCACUCGCCUGCUGCGAGCGUUUCCAGCAGCUCAACACACGCAAGAGUAUCGGGGUUGCGCUGGACGAAAUCGCGCACAUGCAGGCUGCAGUGGCCGCCGCGAACACUGACAUGAAGCCUCCGCAUGGACUCACACUGCCGCUGGGCCCAUCGAAGGAGAAGGAGCUUGUCGUAUAUCUCUCCAUGGCGUUCGGUAACCCAUACGGGGAGCCGCACAGCGUGGCGGUGGUGGAGCAGCUUGCGGCGAGGCUCGUGUCGCUGGGCGUGCGGACCAUAAGCCUCGCCGACACGGUCGGUGUGUCUCAACCGCAGCUCAUCUACGACACCUUUAUGCGACUGCAACGGAGCUUUUCCGAUGUUACUUUCGGCGCGCACUUUCACAGCAAUACGGUGACGUCGAAGGAGAAGCUGUUGGCUGCAGUUGAGGCAGGUUGCACGCUGUUUGACAGUGCUCUCGGUGGUAUGGGAGGAUGUCCGUUUGCGGCGAACGACCUCACAGGCAAUGUGGCGACAGAAACGGUGGUGAAGACUCUUCAAGAGUGUCGAAUUCUUUCGCCCACGCUCAAUCUAAAGCAGGUACAGGACUGUGUCCUUCUCAAGCAGGAGAUAUUCGGCGUAAGCGUGAAGGAUAUGCUGUUGUCGCAGAGUCUGCGCGAUGAGAAGCGGUUUGCGCAGCUGUGCCAGGAGCACUUCCGACUCUACGACGCUAACGACAGCGGAACGCUUGACUACGAGUGUUUCCGCUCCUGCAUGAUGCAGGUGUUCACCGAGCUGGGUGGGGAGCCGCCAAGCGAGCAGAAGAUCCGCUCAAGUUUCCACAAGGUGGACAUUCAAAAACUUGGCUGCAUCACAGUUGACGCGUACACGAUGGGCGCGCGGCGGCUCCUCAUGAAGCGGCUGGGUCUCUGUGAGAGCGUGACGAGCAACGAGAACACCGACUCCAAGCGCACCAUUUCGGCCUAA